AUGGAGGGAAGUAGUCUGAGUGAUGGCGGUGGCGGUCCCUCAAGCGACAGGGACAAGAACCAGCUCGAGGUAGUUUUCUAUCCCGACUGCAGCCACCGCCGAAAAUCGUCGCUCGUCACCGCGGAUAACCCCAAGCUGCGCCAGAGUCUCGAGCAGGUCGACCGGACGACGGCGUGCUUUGUGCACUCGCUCAUCGCCGGCGAAUGGAUCGCUCCGUCAACCGCGCAGAAUGAAAACCCGCAGGGCAAGGACCGCGUGCUGGAGAUGGAGCGCUUGGUCGGCGACGCCAACAUCACGACCGGCGACGAGAUGGUCUCGGUCGUCGACUUUGGCGACAAGAUCCAGAAGCCCAGCCCGACCGUCAUCCAGUCGCGCCAUUUAACCAAACGCCAGCUGUCGGAUAUGGCCUGGAACGUGCGCAAGCUGUCGAAGAAGCUGGGCAGCAUUCGUCUCCGCCUGUCGGUUGAGAACGUCUUCCUGGUCACCAAACCCCACGACGAGAGUCUCGUCAGCCUGACCCGGAAAGUCACCCAGUGGCUCCUAUCCAAGGACCGCCAUACCCCGUACAAUGUGUACGUGGAGAAGCGUUUACAGACCCAUCCAGACUUUGCCGCCGUUCAGCUCCUCGAGGAGGAGCCUACGGCCCAGGGCCGUCUGCACUACUGGGAUACCAAGCUCGCGCAGGACCAUCCGCACCUGUUCGAUUUUGUCGUCACCCUCGGCGGCGACGGCACUGUCCUCUAUACCAGCUGGCUCUUCCAACGUAUAGUCCCGCCCGUGCUGUCGUUUUCGCUGGGCUCGCUAGGCUUCCUGACCAAGUUCGAUUUCAACGGUUACCAGGAUACCCUCACCAGUGCCUUCCGCGAGGGCGUCGUGGUCAGCCUGCGACUACGCUUCGAAUGUACCGUCAUGCGUACCAAACCCCGGCCCGACGACGAGUCUCGACCAGGCGCCCCCAAACGGGACCUUGUCGAGGAGCUGAUCGGUGAGGAACAGGGCGACACCCUGACGCACACGCCGGACAAGCUCUUUCAAAUAUUAAACGAUGUCGUUCUGGACCGAGGGCCAAAUCCAACCAUGUCGCAAAUUGAACUGUUCGGCGACGACGAGCACUUCACCACCGUCCUAGCGGACGGUAUCUGCAUCGCCACGCCCACCGGUUCCACCGCGUAUAACCUGGCGGCCGGCGGAUCGCUGUCGCACCCAGAGAACCCCGUCAUCCUCGUCACAGCCAUCUGCGCACAUACCUUGUCCUUCAGACCGAUAAUCCUUCCGGAUACCAUCGUCCUGCGGAUGGGCGUGCCUUAUGACGCGCGCACAACCUCCUGGGCUAGCUUUGAUGGGCGAGAGAGGGUUGAAUUACACCCGGGCGACUACGUGACCGUCUCUGCCUCGCGCUACCCGUUUGCCAAUGUCCUGCCGUUUGGCAGUCGGGGAGAAGACUGGGUGCAGAGUAUUUCCAAGACUCUGAACUGGAACUCGCGGCAGAAGCAGAAAGCUUUUAAGUAG